AUCGUAUAUUGAACUGUGGCGUACACACACGACAAGGGUGUAUGUCCCUACGUGCAUCGAUCGCUGUACAUUUUGGGCGUGCCGGGCCAAAGGGAUCAAGUGCAAACUUCUCGAACUUUUAUUUUACCUGCCCUCUUACCUAAAGCAAAGAUAAAUGAAUUCUAACCACCACUUUAAACCAAUAUUAUAGUGAGAUUUGGAGAGUUUUGCAAAUUGGAUACCCUGUCGGAGAAUUUUAGGGGUGCAAAAUCAGACUUCUAUUCAUGUCUAUCAAGCUAGGGUAUCUUAGAUUUCGUGGAGUUGGAGUGUGAGUUUACCCCCCUUGUGGGGUGCGACCUAUACCAAUAUGGAUUCACGGAUAUCAAUCUUUCUCGUGUUCUGUCUCGUUUCGCUUGCUAUAGCCCAGACGCCUGGUCAGGUACGGAGCCUUGCCAUUAGUGACAUUCAGCAGUGGGGAUUUAGCGCAUCGUGGCAAGAGCCGCUUGACGGCAACACCCCAGUGCGUUACAAUGUUACCAUCGAGUCAACGAACCCUGUUCGUGAGGCCUAUGAGAUGAGUUUCGAACCGGCUUCUAAUGGAGUGUACGAGGUGGACCAUCUCUACGAUAGUAGCACUUAUAGUUUCAGCGUGGUAGCUGUUAACUCGGACGGCCAGGCGGGAGAAGCAGUUGUUGAGAGUAAUAUUGUUAUUCCACCAUGCCGCAUUUGCCUUGAUACGGCUGGAAUUAACUAUUUCAGCUUCAUCUUUGAACCCACGUUCAGUGAAGAUAGUUACCUCGUCGGACGAUCAGUGGAUGCGACAUCAGAGACCGAGUAUCCUCCCAGAAACCUCGCCGGUGGUCUUUCUUCAUUAUUUUACUUUCAGCUUAGCUCUCCACUGAUACCUGGUGUCCUCUAUGAAUUUGAAGUGCGCAGGGAUAGCGAUGAUGUACUUCUUGCAGCAUCACGAUAUAGAACAACUCCGUACCCUGUAACGAACCUUCAGGUUGGCAUCACUGGACUAAGCGUGACCAUAGAGUAUGAACAGCCUACACAAAUACGUGAAAAUAGCUUUGGGUACAGGAUCUCGUACAAUGACGCUCAGGGCAACCCAUUAGAGCAACUUGUGGCGACGGAAGACACGUCCGUCGAAAUUAUUGAUUUGGAAGUGGGAGUUUUGUACAGUUUUGAAGUGCAGUCGUACAGUGGAGAGUUUGGUGACCGGACGUACUCCACCAUUGAAUCACAAGACAUAAGCAUUGUUGCUUUGACCAUUCAAGAGCAAGGAACAACAUCGUUGACUGUUGGUUGGACUCAGACUGUUGGAGAAGUCAGUCGUCUGGACGUGUUUGGCAUUUUUGGUGGUUCCAACAGCACUUUGGCUCAGGAUCUCUUUCCAGAUGCAACAGUGGCUACGAUUGGGUCCCUAUCGCCCGGUGAGGUGUAUAGGGUCACGCUGUUCAUUUCAAAUGCCAAUGGAGGAGAAGAUGUGGUAGCAAGUGAAGUGUUCCAAACAACUCCGGAGAUGGUGACCAAUAUCGUAGGUGUGAUCAUGGACACCAGUAUUAGUCUAACCUGGAAUUCUGCGGCAGGUCGGGCUGAUUAUUACCUCGUCAGCUACGACCCUCCGUAUGGGUCAACGAACAUGCUCUCAGAAGUUGUAGGUAACACGUUUCAAAUUGAAGGACUUGAUCCUGGGAUACAGUAUGAUGUGGGCAUUGUCACUGCAGCCGGAGAUGGACGGAGCGCUCAAGCAGUUGAGAUGUUCAUGACAGCUGUCGGAGAUCCUGAUAUGAUCUUAUUGAAGGAGAUAACAGCGACAUCCUUUGCCGUGACCUGGAGCCCCCGGGUUGGUGCUUCCAGCUACACCAUCUCCAUUUCCCCGGAUGCGGGAAACCCACCGUUCACUUUUGUGAGUGGGGAGCGGCUGUUCGCAGAGUUCACCGGUCUUUCCGAAGGCACCGUCUACACCGUCACGUUAGCGAUAGAUUCCAUACCACCCGUGAAUCCUCUAGAAGGCGAAUUCAAAACAAAUCCCUCUAUCCCGGGCACUAUAUCAAUAACCAACCUUCUUCCACGAAGUGCUACCUUAUCUUGGGGAGCUUCAGCAGGUGCUGAUGAAUACGCUGUCGCAGUAUCUUUGGGCGAAGACGUCAUCUUCGAAAUGCAAGUACCUGCAUUGUCGGUUGAUAUAAUGGACUUGGAGCCUGAGACAACUUACUCGGUUGUGGUAGUUGCCGAAUCAGUACAACAGGGGUUCAUCAGCCGGAGUGGAGAACAGACAACAUCGUUUGAGACAGCUCCGGCCGUCGUGUCGUUGGGUGCAGUGACCACCACCUCAGUGCUGAUCUUGCAAACGUCACCCACGUAUGUAAUCGAAUACACCUCUGGAGAUGGGCAGAUACUAACGGUAACCCCUGGGGAUGGUGAUCAAACAGAUCUGACCGGCCUGACCCCUGGUCAAGAGUACACGAUCACCAUCAAACAGGAAUCUGUUACCACUGAUCAGCUGACAUUCUUUACUAAGCCGAUGGUACCUGGGGAGUUCAACCUCACCUUGGGCGACCCUGCUACGAGCAGCUUCUCUAUGAUGUACUCUGCCCCUACUGCUGGACUGUAUGAUGGAUAUACCAUCAGUUACUCUGGUGCAUCUGUGGGAGCUGACGGAAGGGAAUCCUCUCCUAUCGUAGUUGAUUCGUCUUCAACUGAAAAAACAAUCACAGGACUCACGCCCGGUACCGUUUAUACUGCGUCAAUAAAUUCCUUUGUGAAUGGCGGAAAUACCAUCAGUGGCUUUGCCACACAGACUAUUACAACAGAAACGGGAGGUGAUGCGAGUUUCUACGUCUUCUCCAAAACAACCGACACUCUCAUCAUCAAGUUUGCACCGAUUGGGACCAGCUAUUCUGCGGUAGCCACAGAGCGAAACGGGCAAGGACCGGUGCCCACCGUCGAAGAAGCAGUUGGCAAAUUCACCUUCAGUGGUUUGAGACCUGGUAGUGUUUAUAGUAUAAUGCUUCGAGUGACCCGUGCAGGUCAAAGUUCACUAGAGUCCCUACAGGAUGUACAAACAUUACCCAGCACACCUACUUCUGUAGUCGCCGUGCCCUCAGAAUCGUCUCCGACCAUCACUGUAACUUGGCAACCGGGUGCUGGCGAAGUGACCAGUUACCGCCUUCAACUUGCUCCGACGGGAGGUGGUGACGCAACUUCUGUCCUGGUCCUUGCGAGCUUAGAACCUAGGUAUGUCUUUGAAGGUGUUCUGCCCUCAACAGGAUAUGAUGUGUCAGUGACUGCAAUAGCCAGAGAUAUGCUAUUGAAGGAAGAGAGUUACCCAGAGACAGUCCAGGUCACCACCCCCCCAAGACGAUUCUCCAUCAGCAGUGUGACAACCACUGGCUUUGUAUUGACCCUGGAUGGUCUUCAAGGUGUUUUCUCGUACCAAUUAUAUGAUGGUGUAGGAACCCCUAUUUCAAUCGAUCCCGGAGACCUACCUUACACAGCCACAGGUUAUACACCCGGGGCGCUGCUGAGAUUGGAAUUAAAUGCUAUUAUUGUGGGUGAUCAAGGUGCUGUGAUUGAAACCAUCGGCGUUCAAUAUGUCUUGCUCAGAGUGAAGGAUGCUAAACGAGCGCAGGUCAUUUAUGUCAAGAACGCGAACGUCAGAGGAAUCAGGCUUGGUCGGCACCGGGUGGUCAGUGGUGGCACUGUGACUUCUGGGAGUUGUGUGGCUAUAAUUUCUGGUUUGAGACAAAGUGGGUUUAGACUACAUGGCAAUUUGCAAAAUAUUUAUUCUAUUUCCUUCCCCUUCCUCUUAACAGAGCCAGCACAAGUGUCCAGCUUUGACUUGGAGCAAACAAGCGACACUAUCACUAUUUCUAACAUCGUUCUGGGGGCCGGAGAGGCUGAUAUCAUCUUGAUAGAGUAUGGAUCGCAGGGAAGGGAUUACAUUCUUCCUUCAGAAACUGAGAAGAAGAUUGAGUUUCUGGAGCCGGGUGUCACAUACACUGUCACCCUAUCAACAGAGGUCCAUGCAAGAGGACUUUCACAGAAAAGUGACCCUAGACAACAGUCAAUUGUAACCUCAUCUGUUCCUUUAGGUGUUCCUGUGGUGGAUGAGUUUACUACCCACUCUAUCACGAUAAGAUGGAACCGGCAGAGCCCGUACACCCAUCGCAUCUACAUCCAAGAGAAGUACUCAGAUACCAUACUAGCUGAAGCGUCCUAUCCCAAUUCCGAUCCUGUCACCUCCCACACAUUUGACGUGCAGCCGGCCACCCUGUAUGAAGUGACCAUAGAGAUCAUCGAUAGCGCUGAUGUUGUUCGAGCAACAAACUCCAAGGAUGUGAGGUCAUUACCUGAAGCAGUUGCAUAUGCCCAGAUUACAUCCGUGAGUCCUACCUCAAUUAGUCUCUUGUGGGAUAUCCCAGACGGUGCAACAUCGGAUGGCUUUGAAUUAAGGGUGAUCCCCCCUCCCACGCCUGGGAACUACCCUAUCGUAGUCACGGAACAGAGUUAUGUAAUCGAAAGCCUUCGACCCGGAACCGUCUACGACAUUCAAGUGGUCAGUCUCUCCGGGCAGGCUGAUAACUGCCAGACGUUUGGCACUCCUUUCCAGAUCGUUACAACGACGGAGUUUUUGGGUGAUUUGGAGAUUGUGGCAGUCAACAUCCUCGACACGGAAGCAUCGUUGCAAUUUACGGCAAAUAAUUUUGAGAGUACCGGCGUGCAAUUUCGGAUAACGUACACCCCUACAGAUGGUUCAGCUGCCAGCGAAACCAUCGCUGUUACAGAAGGGAUAUACAUUGUUGAGGUCAUCGACCUACUUGGAGGUACAAGUUAUGACGUGGAACUUGCAGUCAUUAGAAGCGACACUCAGUCAGUGGAGGCGACCACAACUACCACGUUUGUUACUUUGCCCAGAGCUCCUGUGAGCAUAUCCGAGGUAUCCAAAGGCUUCUUCUCGUUUACGGUAAUGCUUGAACCACCAACCGACAACUACGAUGGUGUUGUCAUCACAGCCAACGGCGAAUCGAAAGAGAUUCUCGCCGGCGCAGCGGAUUUCCAAGUCACGUUUGAAAACCUUGUUCCAGGGGAAACGUACACCGUGGAUGCCUACUCAUUCUUGUCUUCCCCAGAACUGACGAGUCUCCCUCUCAUGGAUUUCAUCCCAGUUUCCAUAACAACGGACACUCCCGACCCCGGUGAGAUAACCGUCCAGUCCUUCUCCAUGACUUCAAUUACCGUCAGCUGGGGUGCUGUUCCGAACGUCGACCAGUACUUGGUCACCCUCGAUCCCUCCGAAGGGGUUCGUACUGAAAAUAUCAUGAAUAGACGAGUCGAUUUCACGGAUCUCACCCCAGGCCGGAUGUAUAACAUAACUCUCAUCUCAGAAUCACCUUCAGAGCCUGAUAUUACUUCAAGCAUCAUUCAAAACACAGUUCCGUUUCCCCCUUCAUCUCUGGUUGUCGAGGAUCUUGAUGUUAGCAAUACAAUCGGCUUCCGACUCAGCUGGCAACUUCCGACACAAGGAGAAUGGAAUGGUUUUAGAAUCACCUACACUCCUCUGAAUGGAGAAAGUCAGGACAAAGUGGUUGGCAUGUCCGUGACCAGUACGACCUUGGAAGGUCUCUUCCAGGAGACGCAGUACACUUUAGUCCUGACCUCCGUAACCGGACAAGACGAUACGGUACAAGAUAGUGAAGCUGUGUCCGAAGUGGCUCAAAGCAGGAGACUUCCAGACAAUACUAUGAUCAUCAACUUGAUAGAUGAAAGCACUGUUUUUUUCACUUGGACCAUCUGGGAAGGCAGUUCAACUUUAGACAUCUAUAAUGAGGAAUUCGCCCUGGUGGCCUCUGAUCUGGUCCCCAACUCCAGGUGGGAGGAGAAUGGCCUGUCCCCAGCCUCUGUGUAUAGAAUCAGCGUGACGAGGUUUGACGGAGGUCUUAUCUUUGACCAAUCCAUCACAAGGGAAUUCAGAACGGCUCCCUUGCGACCAUCUGCCAUAGAAGUCCUUGAAGACGAAUCUAAUGACAAGGAGAUCACGAUUUCUUGGACACCUACAAGUGGGUCAGAGUUCUAUCUUCCGACGCUUGUGCAUCCCGAUGGGAGCGAGGUUUCACAUCCCGCAGUCUCAGCCUAUGUCCCGCUCCUAGCCACGUUCACCGGCCUGGAUAACGGCACGAACUAUCGUCUUGCGGUGGCAUCCGGGCUCUAUCAGUUUGAUCAGUACCCUGAGCUCCUCAGCCCUGCUGUUAUGAUUGAGCAUACCACAGAUGCUCUUGGUCAAGAAGGUCCUACUUUACCUCCAUCACCCUCAACUGUUGUUGCGACCACUGGAUCAGCAGAUACAUCAGUCCAAAUUUUCUGGUCGACUCCACAAGCAUCGGACAAUAUCUACAGAUACAAGAUCGUGUAUGUACCAUCGAGCGAUGGCGGUGAGGCAGCCUCGCUUGCUGACCCGGCAGAUGGUACCAGUGAGAUUUUCAACCUAAUUCCUGCAGUACCUUACACAUUCUUCCUGUCUUCGGUGGUCCAGAAUUUAGAGAACAACACGUUUCUCGAGAGCGAGCCUGUCAAUGCAACAUACACGAUCGACCCCACACCUGGAGAAGUCUAUGUGCUAACCAAGACCAACAGUUCGAUCACCUUCAUCUGGACCCAAGUUGGCCAGCCGUCUUUCUUUGCACUCAUUUUGACAUCUAAUGGCGAACAGAUCGGCAAUGAGGUCACGGUGUCUGGCUCUUAUCGGCCGAGUUACACGUUCGAGGGUUUACAAUCCAGUACGGAGUAUACUGUGACUGUCGACCACCAUACACAGUUCCAAACACAGACUGGUUCGUCAUUGGAGGCAUCUUACAAUGCCACCGCAACUACAAAUGCACUGUACAGCAGAGUUGACAAUAUAUCUCUUCUCUUGCAGACCCAAAUCAACCUGGACCUGUCAGUAUCCUCUCCGAAGAGCGAGUAUCCCUCGUCAUCGGUCUUACAGAACCCCCUGUUCCAACAAGUUUUGAUAGCUACCUGA